GAGGAAGAGGAAGAGGAGGAGGAGAAGGAGGAGGAGGGCGGCCGCCCCGCGCCCCGGCGGCCCCGGGAGCCGCCGCUGGGGGCGGUGGCGGAGCGGGAGCGGCAACGGGAGCAGCUGCAGCCGCACCGGGAGCUGCACCGGGGGCAGCCGCAGCAGCGGAAGCCGCACCGGGAGCCGCAUAAAGAGCAGCUGCAGCCUCAACCGCACCGGGAGCUGCAAAAAGAGCUGCUGCAGCCUCACCGCGAGCUGCAACCGCACCGGGAGCUGCAAAAGGAGCUGCUGCAGCCGCACCGGGAGCUGCAACCGCACCGGGAGCUGCAAAAGGAGCUGCUGCAGCCGCACCGGGAGCUGCAACCGCACCGAGAGCUGCAAAAAGAGCAGCUGCAGCCUCACCGGGAGCUGCAAAAGGAGCAGCUGCAGCCUCACCGGGAGCUGCAAUCGCACCGGGAGCUGCACCGGGAGCAGCUGCAACCGCACCGGGAGCUGCACCGGGAGCAGCUGCAGCCCCGCUGGCCCGGGCCGGUGCCGCUGGCCGGCUCGGGGGAUGCGGGCAGCCGGGCACGCUAUCCAGCGGUGCUAUUCCCGGAACCGGGAAGCGCGGAAAGUCCGGAACCUCCGUGCUCCGGUGAAGGGAAGUGGAAAAAAGGGAGCGGUUCGCGUCGCGGCGGGAGGAUGGGGGCCGGCGGGGGCUCCCCGGGGCAGGCUGCAUGCCUGCGGCAGAUCCUGCUGCUGCAGCUGGACCUCAUCGAGCAGCAGCAGCAGCAGCUGCAGGCCAAGGAGAGGCAGAUCGAGGAGCUCAAGGCCGAGAGGGACACGCUCCUGGCGCGGAUCGAGCGCAUGGAAAGGCGGGUGCAACUGGUGAAGAAGGACAGCGAGCGGGAGAAGCACCGCAUCUUCCAGGGCUUCGAGGUGGACGAGAAGGUGGAGGCGGAGGCGUGUGAGAAGCUGCCGUUGGAGUGUCCCCAGGACCUGCUGGAGCCCCCCUCCACCCUGCAGCCCAAGCACUUCCCCUGCGGCAGGAACGGGAAGGGGCACAAAAGGAAACCAACGUUUGGGAGCGCAGAGAGGAAGACGCCUGUUAAAAAACUGGUGGCCGAGUUCUCGAAAGUAAAGAGUAAAACUCCAAAGCACUCCCCAGGGAAGGAGGAAUCGGGCGGCUCCUUGUCCGAAACUGUUUGUAAACGAGAACUGCGGAGCCAAGAGACUCCAGAAAAACCCCGGGCGCUCCUGGAGACCCCGCUCCGAGCCUCAUCCCAAUCGAAGGCUCCCAGCGCUCACCCCAAGGAGAAGGGUUUCUUCGGCAGCGAGGCGGACGACCUGCCCUAUCUCUCAACCACAGAGAUGUACUUGUGCCGCUGGCAUCAGCCGCCGCCGUCGCCGUUGCGGGAACCCUCUCCGAAGAAGGAGGAGACUGUAGCAAUUCCGUCUUGGAGGGACCAUGUCGUGGAACCCCUGAGAGAUCCCAACCCCUCGGACAUCCUGGAGAACCUGGAUGACAGCGUCUUUUCCAAACGGCACGCGAAGCUGGAGCUGGAUGAGAAACGAAGGAAAAGAUGGGACAUUCAGCGGAUCAGGGAACAGAGAAUUCUACAGCGGCUGCAGCUCCGAAUGUACAGAAGGAAAGGGAUUCAGGAGUCGGAGCCUGAAGUUACCUCAUUUUUCCCUGAGCCAGAUGAUGUGGAAAGUUUGCUCAUCACCCCGUACCUGCCCGUCGUCGCCUUUGGCCGGCCCUUACCAAAACUGACCCCACAGAACUUCGAGCUGCCCUGGCUGGACGAGCGCAGCCGCUGCCGGCUGGAGAUGCAGAAGAAGCAGACGCCGCACCGGACCUGCCGGAAAUAGCGGAGUUGCCAGGAGCUCUGUGCAUCACCAGGACGCGCCGAUGGCCGCUGCCCUCCCCUGCCUUCUUGACGGAUGGUUUCAGUCCUCCGUGACCCUCUGGUUUUGUUCUCUUGGGUUUUCCAACAUGUUUUCCGGACUCGUUCCCCUGCGCUGGCAGCUUCAUCCCCCACCGGCACCGGUUGUGGCUUCCCACCGGCUGCUUUGGGCUUACAGGGAGGUGGGUGAAGCCCAGACCCAUCCUCUUGGCUCUGUUCGGUGCCUGUGCUCUCCCGCAGCCAACAUUGGGCUCACGUGGGACAUUCGGCUUCGAGCCACGGGCACAGAGAGCACCAAGAAGGCUGCGUCCUGCCAGGACUCUGCCCGCUGCUGCCGCCUUAUCCCAUUCCGUCAGACAACCAGAUAACCACCAGCUCGGAUCCGAGCGUGCCGGCGGUGGCAGGAAGUGCUGCCAGCGGCUCCAGGUGCCGCGCAAAUGCCAGGAAGCCUCGUUAGGGGUUUUUCUCCCCCCUGUCCUGAGCGGCUGUAACGGGGUCAGAGAUGGGGGGGGGGGAAAAGUUUAAAAACUAAAACCUUUCAUUUUUUCUUUUUGUGAAAUAGAAAUCCUAUACGCACAAUUUUGGGUUUUUUAAUUUUGUUUUUGGUUGGUUUUGUUUUGGUUUUUUUUUGUAUAAUUUAACUGUUUCAUGGUUGGCGGGCGGCUUGCCAGGAAGUUUGGGGUUUGCCGGGAAGAGUGGGGACCCGGUGCUGCCGCCCCUGUGCCGCGGUGG